GGCGAAGCUUCCCUCCCUUAUAGUGUUGCGGGAGAUCUGAGGCUGAGCAACACGGGGGCCCUAUGUUUUUUGUGUUUUUCCUUUGAAUUUUGUGUCGUUGGCAUGUGCUGAGGCGGUGUUGGCGUGCUGUAGUGAGGCGAUCAACGGGUCUGCUGAGAGGGAAGGGUGUGUGACAGUGAAAAACAAGCCCACAACACCACCACCACCACCAUGGAGUCCCUCACCACACAGUUUGACGAGCUGAUCCGCACCAUGAAACUCUUGUCCGACCCGGCAGAGAAGAAGUUCCUGGAGUUCACAGAGGGGGUGGAGGGGCAGCAGCGGGAGUGGCAGGAGCUGGCAGGCGAGGUGCAGCGGCUACAGGAGCAGGUGAACCAGGGGCAGAAGACCAUAAAAAAUCUGGAGAUGAAGCUGAAGAACGCGCGUCACCUGCUGGACCUGGAGAAGGGACGUAGAAUUGCUGCCGAGAAUGAGAAGAGGGAUAUGGCUGGACAGAUCCUGCAGGCGAUAGAGAUGCUGGGGCAGGGACAGGUGGUGAAGACGAAGGAGCGCCUCCAGCAGCUGCAGCAUUCCUUCUCCUCAGAGGUGCCAGGGCCGGGGCACGGCCUGAGCAGGCAGCACUCACCCAACGGCCCACUGUCCACCAUCACCGAGGACCAUGACUCUAUUGGCACCAUCCUCAACGUGUCACAGAUGGACAUCACGGAGGAGGACGACCUGGAGGACUCCCGUCUACGCUCCGGCCGUUCCUACAAGCGCAAGUCCUCCCCUGACAGGCUGGACAGGUCCUCAGGGGUGGGACACAAGCGACUGUCUGGCAGGAUAAGUGGCGGUGAUGGAGGCAAGGAGAACAAACAGAGCCUAGAGGUGAAGACAGAGGUGACAUGCUACACAGAGGGAGAUGAGCUGAAGAGCGUCAAGGUGGACAUCCAGCCCUCAGCACCGCCCUACCUGGCCGUCAUUGGUGCAGGGGAGGGCGUGGAUCUUUCAGCAGAGAAGUCGUCCCUGGAGAGCAGCAGAGAGGAGAUGCUGAGUCCCCUUAAGAAGCCCCCACGCACUCCAGCCCCUCCGCCCCCCACCCCAUCAGUAGGGAACAGGCAGGGCAUGCUGUCCCCCUCGGUAAAUUACAAUUAUAUCAACAUCGGCACACCUGUCACGCCUCAGCACCAGGCGUACAGCACCCCAACAGGCACCCCACACACCCCAGUGCUUCGUAACUACAACUCGGCCAGCAAGGUGAAUGGACGCACCCACGCCUUCGUCCUCAAGACCACCUAUAAGAUUGAGCACUGCCAGCCGUGUGGAAAGAGGAUCAAGUUUGCCAAGGCAUGUCUGAAGUGCCGUGACUGCCGGGCCAUCUGUCACAGUGAGUGCCGGGAGCAGGUGCCCCUCCCCUGCGUGCCCAGUGCCAACACCCCCAACAACAAGGGCUGCAUGGGCACCAUUGCAGAUUAUGCCCCCUCCACGCCCCCAAUGGUUCCUGCUCUGGUGGUUCACUGUACUAAUGAGGUGGAGAACAGGGGCCUGACAGAGGUGGGGAUCUAUCGUCUCUGUGGCUCGGAGAAAGAUAUCAAGGAGCUUAAGGAGCAAUUCCUAAGGGGUCGUGGGCUGCCUAACCUCUCCCAGCUGGACAUCCACGUCAUCUCCGGCACCCUCAAGAUCUUCCUGCGCAGCCUGAAGGAGCCGCUCAUCACCACCCUGCUGUGGAAAGACUUCACCUCAGCCGCCAGCGAGGCAAACCAGGACUGCUCUGCCUCCCUCUACCAGGCCAUCUCUGAAUUGCCGCAGCCCAACCGGGAUACACUGGCCUGGAUCAUUUCGCACUUGCAGAGGGUUGCCGAGUGUCCAGAGUGCAAGAUGCCAGCAACGAACCUGGCCAAGGUGUUCGGGCCGACGUUGGUGGGGUACUCAUCUGCUGAGCCAGAGAUGCCCACCAUGAUGCAGGAGACCAGGCUGCAGCACCUGGUGAUGGAGAAGCUGCUGGAGAUUUCAUCUGACUACUGGAACUCCUUCAUCCAAGUGACAGAUGAGAACACACAUCCAGUACAGCCAAGGACGCCAGACUUUGGGGGCUCCAUGCUGGGUGGUGUGCCUCGCUCCACCUCCCGCCGCCGUUCCCAGCUCUUCCGCACCCCACUGCAGUCCAGGAACAGCAACAGCCACCAUGCGAGGAAGUAGAGGACAGGUGCAGUGGAAGUCUUGUGCAGUCUCGUCCUGAGGUGCUGAGGGAUGCUGAGACACUACUGACACUACCACGGCCUUCGUGAACUACUGAGUGUGUGAGGACGUGUGGGGUGUGAAGGAAGCAGUCUGAACCCCACCCAUUUCCCCACACCUCCUUCAUAGUACCUUAAGUGUUUUGUACAUCACUGCUUUGUCCGGUCGGUGUAUUCUGUAUAUUAUUCAUUCAUGUAUUUACUCACAUUCCCAUAGUUGUUACAAGUGCCUACUGAGUCCAUCCAUCAGUGCAUUCAGUGUUGAUGGUGGUAAGUUAAGUUUUAUAUAUACUACAUACAUAUACACUGUUUUUACUCCUGGCUACCCAUAUUAUGAGGAUGCCACUUGUACACGUACACACACACGCACACACACACACACACACACACACACACACACACACACACACACACACACACACACACACACACACACACACACACACACACACACACACACACACACACACACACACACACACACAUACAUGUUCUAUAUAUAGUUAUAUUUUUUAGUUCUCUAUUAAUUUUUCAGUUUUGUAUCACUUUUAUAUAUCUGCAUAAUGGUUUCGUUUUACACAUUUUUCUAGUUUUUCUAAUGAUUUUUCCAGUUUUGUGCAUAAUGUUUUGUAUAUUUUUCUAGUUUUGUAAUAUUUUUACAUCUGAUGACUAAUGUGUUCAGGAGACAGUAACAUAGGUCCUCUGGUAAUACAUCUCACUACCCAGUAUCUACUUUAUUCCUCAACAUCCUUAUCUCUCACUUACCAGAGGAAUGGCAUCUCCCUGCUAGCUGUGUUGCAGUCCAUAUUAGUAUUUGUACACUGGUUACUGUCAUCUCUCAUCUGACGCUAUGCUAAACCAUCAGUCUAAUGUAGGUUAAGUCCAUUCAACAGAUCUUCACUUAUUUUACCUACUUCACCCACUCUGCUGUUCCCUUGGCUUGCUGUCUUGAUGGGCUGUCUCCAGGGUGAUCUGUGCAUGCUGGGAAUGGCUGUCAGUAUGAAUUUACUUACUUAUCCUGCUUAUACUGACUUAUACAUAAUCUUCCAUAGGGUGAUAGGGUGCAAGGAUUAGGUAUCAUUAUGGAAAGUUUCAUAUAAAGCCCUCUAUAGCAUGAUAAUUUUGCCUACACACUCUUCCAUAGGCUGAUAAACUGUCUGCAAGGAUUAGCUUUAAGUGGAUGGAAAAUUAAGUUUAGCUUUGUUUGUUUCCACAAAUUAGCUCUUGUUCUAGCUGUGAAAUAGACGUAAAGCAAAGAUUUGUGACCUUUCUCCAUAGCUGGGAUGAAAGGCUAGGAAUGUUACCCUCCUGUGUGUGUGUGUUUGUGUGUGUGUGUGUGCUCCCCAAGAGAUCCAAAAUAGCCAAUCAGCAAACAGUUACAUUUACCAGUGAUAGUGUUAAGUUAAGUAUCCUGAGUUUUUUAUAAGGUAGCAGAGAUACCAUGCUAGUCUGUGCCACCAAGUAUAGUAUGACUUAGGAAGAGGAGGAGAGGGAAGGUGAAACAGGAAACAAGAGAGAUCCAGACACUCCACACCCUUAAUCCUGAUUGAAGAAGACUAAUGGAGGACUUGGCAUGCUGUACAGCCACCCACAUCUUGAUACACUCCACAUACACUGCAGGUUACUAGGAAGCCCUUACUCUGCCUUAGCCAGGAGCAGUAGGAACACCAGGGGUGCAGCUGAUGUACUGUGUUCCCUUAGUCCCUAGAAAUGUGCAUAAUAUUAACUGGACCUGUUGCUUAGUGUUAUGUUAUCCAUCAUCCAUUAUUUGUGUUCAUUUAGAUGUUCUCAUUAUUUUUUAUACAUACAGUUAAGUACAUUUGUUUAUUGAGUACCUUAUCAUUUGUUGUUGGAUUGGUAAUUGAAAGUUGUAUGGUUUGAUUACAUAUGACUUAAACUCCAGUUCAUACUAAGAAAUGUUACAUUUGUAUACUUUAUAUACAAACAUUACAGGCAUUCCUUGGUGCUGAUAGUGCAACAUUACUUUUCAACUUUUUUUUUCCAUAACAUCCAUGAUGCCUGUCUUGAUUUACCGAACUUUUUUUUGUACAUUUAUACUUUGUUCUCAUUGUUCUAUUUGACUAACACUUAAUAGCAAAAUGCUUCCUAUGGACAGCCCUUCUUGACCAUUUUUUGUCUGUUCAUUUUGACCUUUUCCAUACCUGACUUGCUCUUCCUGCUCUACACCUUCCCUGACCCAAACAUAACAAGGUAUGGCCUUCACUUUUUUUUAUACUACUUGACAUUAUCUUCCUUUCCCUUCUUAAACACAUGACAGCAAGAUAAUACUAACUUAUGACACUCUUUCCUUGGCCUGUACAUAAGGUGACUGUCUCACUUUUCCUUGACCAACAUAUACAAUGGUUCUAGAAUCACUUAACUUUUUUUACACCACUUCACAUUCUCUUUCCUUUUCUCUUUCCAUUCUCUUUCCUACCCAGACACCUUUUUAAACUGAAAUUCUCUUCUUUCUCUAUUUUUUCUUGACCAACACAUAAGAUAAUUCCAACAACACUUCACUUUCCUAUACUACUCAACAUUCUCGUUCCUUCACGCCAACACAGCAAGUUAACGCAAUAUCCAGUGUACUUACUUAUCCCUUAACGUAGAAAAGAGAGGCCCUGCAUUGGUCUCCCUCUGGAUUCAAAAAGAACAGGUCUGGAUGUGUACAUAUAGUAAGUUAAGGUUGUGUAUUAUACAGUGCUAACAAACCACAUGUAAACUGCCUCACUAAUGCUGUAUUAUGUCAUGGAUGUGUUCAAGCCUUAUCUGGAAUCCAUGUAUGUCAUUUUCUUUUUGUAAUUUUCUAUGCCAAACCAACUUAGUGAAUUCAAUACAUGUAUCUGAUGA